AUGGCACGUGCAAUGAGUUUGAAUACCAUCUUUAGCUACAUUUACUGGAAUAAUAUCGAAGAUCAGCCGGAUCACAUUUAUACGUUCAAUGGAGGGACCAACUUUGGCUUUCAAAGCGGUUCAGACUUUGGUAGCGGAACUCAGCCUGUUACAACCAGCUACGAUUACGGUGCUCCUCUAGAUGAAUCAGGCCGGCAUAACGAUAUUUAUUAUGCCCUUCGAGAAACACUUGGUCCAUUUUCGUCAGAUUUACCGGAUGUCCCCAGUAUAGCCCCAAUGAUAGCAAUACCAUCCGUUGACGUCAAGCCAGCUUUCUACCUAUUCGAUGGAUUGCCUAGUCCUUAUAGCAUGGAGUCACCUAUAAAUAUGGAGGCGCUCGGCCAGUGGUACGGAUUUACCCUCUACCGUACCACUGUCAAUAGCUCAUAUAGCGGAACUCUCCAACCUGGCAUCGCGGCCAAAGACCGAAUUAUAGUUUACGUCAAUGGGGAGCGAAAAGGAGUCUUCGACAGUAUGUAUCCUAAUGGCUCUCAACAGGUCAUAACGCUGAAUUUGAAGUCCGGCGACGUCUUGGAUCUUCUGAACGAAAACAUGGGCCGUGUGAACUUUGGCCCAGACAUCCCAUACCAGACCAAAGGUAUCUUCGGCGACGUCACCGUUGGCGGCAGCACGUUGGCUGGCUGGAAUGUGUAUACGCUUCCACUGGACAAAGGGAUGGCUCCACCUCCUCAGGCCAGAGUACCGACCAACAUUUCGCCGUCGUCGAGCCCCAUUUUCUACACCGGGACGUUUGAUCUACCUACCGUCAGCGAUACCUGGAUCGAACUACCUGAAUGGAUCAAGGGGGUGGUCUGGAUCAAUGGUAAUAACCUUGGUCGCUUUUGGACCAUUGGACCUCAGCAGUCUCUAUACGCGCCUGGUGCCUGGAUGCAGAAAAAGGGCAAUGUGAUCCAGAUACUUAAUCUUGAGCCUACUGGACGGGAGGGGACAGUCAGCGGUGUAUCAUCUCGCUCUUGGUUUAACAAUCCAGAUCCUGAUGCUCCUUGA